CAAAGAUCGUUGUUUUAUACAUUUGGAUUUCUUUGUUACCUGCUAGCCCAAGCGUAAGGUAUUAUCACCCCAAAAUUGUAACGUCAUUUUUCAAAAAAUAUAUUGGACAUGCCUACAAAUUAUAAAUAGCUACCUGCUUACAUUCAAAGUCACAUUCGUAUAACGUUAUUCUCCGUCACUAUCUUUAGCCGUAAUAGGAGACCUUGGCUAUCUAUAUUACGCCAAAUGAAUAGACAAAUUACCACUUUCGCUGAACUUUUACAUAAAAAGAAACAAUAACUCUAAUUAAAUCGAAUUUGUUUCAUAAAAUUAACAGUCUACGAUUUGAAUUCCCGCCAUUGUCAUCAAUGAUGAUAAAAAAAACAUGAAAGGCCUGCAGAUAACUUAUACGACAUUGUCUAUGGAAAAGUAAAUAAAAGGUUAUGUACAUCAAAGUUUUUAUUUGCCUACAUUAUUUAAGGAUUUUACGUGUUCUCCAAUAAUAUUGUUUCCUACUUAGCCUAACAACUUCGACUAUCUAUCUACCAGCAAGGCUCCAUAAUUAUUAUCAAAAUUGUAGUCAGAGAUAUCCUGAUCAACAGGUUAUUAAAAUUAAUAAGAAAGGAAAAGUGAUUCUAUUGGAAAGAGAUAAGAUUGAAAAUACAUAUGUAAUGUAGGUAUUAUUGUAUUUACCUAACCUACCUUUUGGUGAUAACGACUUCGCAAAUAAAACUACAACUUCCAGUUAUAUAGAUAGAUGAUAGAGAAAACAAGAUUUGUCACAAUAUUUAGCAAAAUUGUGAAAUAUUUUGAUAACUAUCUAAACUAAAUAAAAAGCAAGAAGUGACAAUGGUGCUAUCAAGGAAAUACGUUGUACAAACUCCUUUUGUAGGAGAACCUAAUAAAAGUAAUUUCAAAAUUGUAGAAGAAGUUCUUCCUGCAAUUGCAGAAAAUGAAUUUCUUGCUGAAGCAGCAUUCAUCAGCGUGGAUCCAUAUCAGCGAAUGAAACUUGGAGCAACAUUCCCUUGUGAUAUGAUUGGUGGUCAAGUGGCUAAGGUGAUAGAAAGCAGAAAUUCCGAGUACCCAGUAGGAUCAUGGGUAAUGGGGCACUUUGGGUGGAGAACCCAUACGAUUACAAAGCCCGAAAAUGAGAAGUUCUGUGGGCAAAAACCGUAUCUUUACAAACUACCUGAUUUUGGAGAUCUGCCAGUGUCGCUAGCGCUUGGUGUUUGUGGGAGAGUAGGUAAUACAGCCUACUUCGGUUUUAAAGAGAUCUGUCAGCCUAAAGCUGGAGAAACAGUGGUGAUUUCGGGUGCAGCGGGAGCAGUCGGCUCACAUGUUGGACAAAUUGCAAAGAUUCUAGGAUGUAGAGUUAUUGGAUUUGCUGGUAGUGACGAUAAGUGCGAAUGGCUAGUCAAAGAAUUAGGAUUCGACUACGCAGGCAACUAUAAAACAACAAAUCUAGCAGAUUUUCUUAAAGAGACUGCUCCAAAAGGUGUAGAUUGUUAUUUCGACAAUGUUGGUGGAGAAAUUAGUAGCACUGUUUUGUCGCAAAUGAAUAACUACGGCAGGGUUGCAGUCUGUGGAGCUAUUUCAGGUUAUAAUGAAACCGAUCCCGAAAAACGAAAAGCAACUAUGGUUCAAGGGUAUAUUGUUGGAAAACAACUGAAAAUAGAAGGAUUCCAAGUAAACAGAUUUGCCGACCGCACAAUCGAGGGUAUAAAUCAAAACUUAAAGUGGGUACGAGAAGGAAAACUUAAAUACAAAGAACAUAUUUACGAGGGAUUUGAAUCAGCUGACGACGCGUUCAUUGGUUUGUUCAGAGGGGACAACAUUGGGAAAAGUUUAGUAAAAGUGAAAUAAUUCUGAAAUCAGAUAAUUAUAAAUAUGUAAUUAAAGUAUUUCAACAUCAUAUUA